AUGAUAGGUCAUCAUCAAGGAAUGCAGUCAAGAAUCCUUUCUGAAAACCCAAGAGCUUUUUUUGUUCCGUGCACUGCUCACAGCCUUAAUUUACUUCUCGGAGAUAUGGCAUCAUCCGUACCAGCUGCUAUGAAAUUUUUUGGGGUAAUUCAAAGAAUUUUUGCUGCCUCUACUGAAAGAUGGACUAUUCUUCUCAAAUACGUUUCAGAUUUUACACUAAAACCAAUGUCAGAUACUAGAUGGGAAUCUCGGGUCGAAUCGGUUAAGCCUAUCCGUUUUCAAUUAUGCCAAGUACAUGACGCUUUAAUAGAAAUUAGUGAAUCAACGAAGGAUCCUAAAAUAAAAAGUGAAAGCUCGUCAUUAGCAAACUAUGAAUUUUGUUAUGACUUUAUUUUAAGUGUUGUUAUUUGGUAUGAACUGUUAUCUGCUAUAAAUAAAGUUAGUAAGAGUCUUCAGAGCAAAAAUAUGGAAUUGAGUAAUGCUGUACAGUUAUUAAGUGGUCUUAAAGAUUUUUUUUAUAAUUUUAGAAAUGAAGGGUUUGAGUCGUCAAAAAAAAUUGCGCAAAAUUUAUGUGAAGGCCUUGAUAUUCAAGCAGUUUUUAAACAAUCUAGAAUUAAAAAAAAAGUUAGGCAGUUCAAUUAUGAAAGCAAAGAUGCACGUCUAAAUUCAGCUGAGCAAACAUUUUACGAUGAUUAUUUUUUAGCCGUAAUAGAUCAAGCAAUCUUAUAA